GCGAAGCGCACUCGCCGGUGCAGCCUAACACACACAUACACACGCGCGCACACACACACACAGACACGCACACGAGGUUGCACACGCAGCAGGAGCAGCAGCGAGCAGCAGCAGCGGCCGCCUCCACCAGGCAUGGCACUGGGCUCUACCUCAUUAUGGCAGCCGCGCGACACUACACCCUCGACUUCCAGCUCAGUGCGAAAGCUGAUGGAGAUGCCAUUCUUAAAGGUCUACAGUCUGUUUUUGAAGAGCAGGCAAUGACAGAAACAGUUCAUUCUUGGGAAGAUCAUGGAUAUUUAGCAACUUACAUUAACAAAAAUGGCAGUUUCGCCAGUCUGAGAAUUUACCCACACGGCUUAGUGCUGAUGGACGUACAGAGUUACCACAAUGAUUCGAAAGGAAGAGAAGAAAUUGACAAUCUACUAAACAAACUAGAAGAAAGAAUGAAAGAACUGUGUCAGGGCAGUAUUGGAAGGUUAAAACGAUUGCCAGCUCUCGUACGGGGAGGCAAGAUUGAUAAGUAUUGGCCCACAGCUGACGGACGCCUGGUGGAAUACGACAUAGAUGAGGUCGUGUAUGAUGAAGAUUCACCUUAUCAGAACAUUAAAAUUCUGCAUUCCAAGCAGUUUGGAAAUAUCCUGAUCCUCAGCGGGGAUGUCAAUUUGGCAGAGAGUGACCUGGCGUAUACACAGGCCAUCAUGGGCAGUGGGAAGGAAGAUUACACCGACAAAGAAGUCCUGAUUCUGGGUGGUGGAGAUGGGGGUAUAUUAUAUGAAAUAGUCAAAUUAAAACCAAAGAUGGUCACUAUGGUAGAGAUUGACCAGAUGGUGAUUGACGGGUGUAAGAAAUACAUGCGUAAAACAUGUGGAGACGUCUUAGACAAUCUCAAAGGAGAGUGCUAUCAGGUUCUCAUAGAAGACUGUAUUCCAGUACUGAAGAGGUAUGCCAAAGAAGGGAGAAUGUUUGAUUAUGUGAUUAAUGAUCUGACCGCUGUUCCAAUCUCCACAUCUCCAGAAGAAGAUUCUACGUGGGAAUUUCUCAGACUGAUCCUUGACCUUUCAAUGAAAGUUUUGAAACACGAUGGAAAAUACUUUACACAGGGGAACUGUAUCAAUUUGACUGAAGCCUUGACUCUCUAUGAAGAACAACUUAGCCGGCUUUAUUGUCCUGUGGAAUUCUCAAAGGAAAUUGUAUGUGUUCCCUCAUACAUGGAAUUGUGGGUGUUUUACACUGUUUGGAAGAAAACUGAAUUUUGAAGAUUAGUCUCGCCUCCAUAUUGCCAUCUUGAACCUUUUAAAUUAUAUGCUCUAGGUGAUCCUGAAAUUAGUCAUUCUAUUGAUUGUGAAGUCCUUAAAAAGUUUUUUUUAUUAUUAUUUUAAUUUAAAAAAGCAAAUGGAAAAAUGUAUAUUUUGAUGAGCUCUAGGGUGUUAUUUUUUGAAAGUCAAUUUAAAGAUGAAAUGGCAGCGCUGCUGCUGAAUGCACUGAACCUUUUAGAAUGUGAUCCUUGUAUUUCUCUGUUAAUGUAGGCUUUGAUGAUAGAGCUUCAGUAGUGUGUGUGUGUGUGUGUGUGUGUGUGUGUGUGUGUGUGUGUGUGUGUGUGAGAGUGUGUGAGAGAGAGACAGAGAAGAGAGAAUGAAUGAAAAUGAAUGGAUGGAUGUGUGGGAGUGCAUGGGAUAGAAGUCUUAUUUUUUGUUUCUUUUUUUAAAGUUUCAUUCUGUUAAAAAUUUCAUUGUUAAGGGAUAUUUGAAAAUAUGUAUAUUUUUCCUUUUCCAAAAGUUGAUUCUGUUUAAGAAAUUAGGUUAAAGGAAACUCUUAAGUCAAUAACAGUGCUUCCAUUAUAAAAAGGAAUUUUGGGUGUGUUUUUUAAAAAACUUACUCUCAAUACUCUGGUUCCAUAAAACAAAUUCUUACGCAGA